GGUCUCUAAUCCCCCAUCUAACAUUUCUAAGUUUUUUAAGGUGACAGAGAAAUCUGCUUCAAAACCAAAAGAGCAAUUAAAUAACAAUAAACCCAGCACUUCAACCAACACAAAACCAAAUAUCUCAAAAGCUGAUAUAACACCUAAUGCACCAAAGGUUGAAUCACAUGGUACCAAUUUUGAUGUUGCAAUGUACCGGGACAUGGUGGGAGGUAUGAACUCAUCUGAAAUCUGCAAUCUCAUCAGAAAUGUCUUUAAACCUGAUAAGAAGUAUUCCUUUCCAAAGACCAAUGGCAGAAGCUUCAGGUAUGAAUGGCUAGACUUAUAUCCCUGGCUUUGUUAUUCCCCUUUGAAGGAUGGUGCAUUCUGCUUGUCAUGUGUUCUGUUUGGGGAUCGUUUUCCUGGUAAAGCUUUAAAAAUUAAAAAUUUAUUUUCUGAGCCUCUUCGUCGUUGGAGUGGUACAUCAUACACUCUGAAAAAUCAUGCUGGACAUGGUACAGGAGGAGAAAUGGGCCUGCAUGCAUGUACAUUUCCCAUACUAACAUCUUUACUUUCCCAGAUGUCAGGGAAGGCGCAGCCUAUUGAGCUCAUUUUAGAUACCAACCUCAAGAAAGAGAUUGAGGAUAACAGAAAGAAACUUGCCCCAAUUGUGGAUUCAGUAAUUUUUUGUGGCCGCCUUGGUUUACCAUUACGUGGUCACCGUGAUGACUCUAAAUACCAUCCUGACGUUGGCAGUUACUCUACAGAGAGAGUUGGUAAUUUUAUUGAGUCUCUUAAUUUUAGAGUUCGUGCAGGGGACAGAGUUUUAGAGGAUCAUUUGAAGAACUGUGGUAAAAAUAAAACUUAUAUCUCAAAAACUAGCCAAAAUAAAAUUAUCAAGUGUGUUGGACAGGUAAUAAGUGAGCAGAUUAUUCAAGAUAUUAAGGCCAGUAAAUUCUAUUCCAUCAUUGCAGAUGAGGCUGCAGAUUCUUCUCAUAAGGAGCAAAUGUCUCUUGUUUUACGUUUUGUAGAUAUUAACAUGAAUAUUCGAGAAGAAUUCAUUGCUUUCCUUGAAUGUAGAUGGGGAUUAAGUGGUGAACAACUUGCCAAGCUGAUCCUAGAAGCACUUAAUGACAUGACUUUAUCCAUUGAUGAUUGUCGAGGACAAGGCUAUGAUGGUGCAGGUGCUGUCUCAGGGCACAUAAAUGACACGCAACAUGCCUUUUGAAGAAAAUGUCCGUAAUUAUCCUGAGAGAGAAAGUCGGAAGACAAAGCUGGUAGAUGUUUGUCGGACCAGAUGGGUUGAAAGAAUCGCCGGUUUGGAUACAUUUAUUGAACUUUUCGUCCCUUUAUAUGACACAUUAAAGGAGAUGAGAGACAAUGUAGAGGGGAAUUACAGACCAAACCUUGUUGCUGAUGCAUCUAAUUUUUUUGAUCUUAUAGGAAAGUUUGAAUUUAUUGUAACUUUGGUAAUUUCCCACAAUAUUCUGGAUCGACUUCUUCCUGUUACUUUAUUGCUACAGGGAAAGAGUAUUGAUAUUAUGGAUGGAAUUCACUUAAUUAACACUAUGAAAAAUGAUUUUAUUAGUUUUAGAAAUUCCAUUGACACUUUCCAUGAAAUCUGGUAUGCAGAGGCAGUUGAUUUAGCUGCACGAAAGGUUGGAAUAGAAGAGAGCAAGCCACGGACAGUAGGAAGACAAACAAGCAGGUCCAAUCCUCCGUAUAAGACAAUCUCGGAGUAUUAUAAGCGUAUCAUAAGUAUCCCUUUCGUUGACCAUAUUAAUUCUGCUUUACAACACAGAUUCGACACGGAUAGUGUUAACGUUUAUAAAGGAUUAAGUGUUAUACCAACGAAAAUGAUGUCUUUGAAAGAGAAGGGGAAAGACUGGCGUGAUGGAUUCAAAGUUGUUGCCGAUUUUUACAUUGAUGAUCUACCUUUUCCCUUAGCUCUAGAUGCUGAACUGUCAUUAUGGACGUCUUAUUGGGAGACCUACAAAGGACUUCUUCCUGACAAUAUUCCAACAACUUUAAAAGCUGUUAGCUUUGAUGGUUUUGAAAAUAUUAAAGUUGUUCUUCGUAUUUUAGGAACACUGCCCAUCACUUCAUGUGAGUGUGAAAGAACUAUUUCGGCACUGAGAUCACUGAAGAACUACCAGCGUAGUACUAUGGUUGAGGAACGGUUGAAUGGUCUAGCCCUAAUGCAAAUUCAUCAGGAGAUAAUUCCAGAUGUUGAGAAAGUAAUUGACAAAUUUGCAGAAGGAAACACCAGGUUGAAAUUUUCCUAAUUAUCCUAUAACAGUGUAUAUUUCAUAUUUUUCGACCAAAAGCUCUUAAUUAAAGGUUGAACGUUAAAACUCUUU